CUUCGCCUCAUCUCCAACGAGUUAAAGCCUGACCAGGACGAGGGGCUCGCCUUUGCUCCGGGCGCAAAACAACCACUCCGUUUAGAAACAGCCAGUCUCGCUGGGGAUCCCCCACUGGCAAAGACUUGAGAGCUUUCCGCGGCAGCGGCAGCAGGAGCAACCACAGAGAAGAUAAUAUGUGGGAGACUGUGGACUCCAUGCUUCCGACAUAGGAACAGGACCAGGUUGGGAAGCUUCACUUCUGAGAGAAUGCUGGGAAUUUGUAGAGGGCGACGGAAAUUCCUGGCUGCCUCUCUGACUCUGCUUUUUGUUCCUGCUAUAACCUGGAUUUACCUGUUUGCUGGGAGCUUUGAAGAUGGAAAGCCAGUGUCACUGUCUCCAAUUGAAUCCCAGCCCCAUAGCCCUCAUUACACAGCUACAAGUCAACGUGAGAGAGAAAGCCUGGAGGUUCGCAUGCGGGAAGUGGAAGAGGAAAAUCGUGCACUACGCAAGCAGCUCAGUCUGGUCCAGAGCCGGGGCAUGUCCCAUCGCCGAGGCAAUCACUCAAAAACUUACUCCAUGGAGGAAGGGACUGGGGACAGUGAGAGCCUCCGGGCAGGCAUUGUGGCAGGGAACAGCUCUGAAUGUGGACAACAGCCAGCAGUGGAGAAGUGUGAGACAAUCCACGUUGCCAUUGUGUGUGCUGGAUACAAUGCCAGUCGGGACGUUGUCACACUCGUCAAAUCAGUCUUGUUUCACAGGCGGAACCCUCUUCACUUCCAUCUCAUUGCAGAUGCCAUCGCCAAACAGAUCCUGGGAACCCUUUUCCAGACAUGGAUGGUCCCUGCAGUGCGCAUAAACUUCUAUGAUGCUGAUGAGCUGAAG